AUGCAGCCCCCCGCGAACGGCAGCAGCGCGGGCCCCGACAACGCGACGCUGGAGAUGCUGCGCGACCCGGCCAUCGCCGUGGCCCUCCCCGCCGUGUACUCGCUGGUGGCGCUGGUCAGCAUCCCGGGGAACCUGUUCUCGCUGUGGGUGCUGUGCCGGCGCAUCGGGCCGCGCUCCCCGUCCGUCAUCUUCAUGAUCAACCUGAGCGUCACCGACCUGAUGCUGGCGGCCGUGCUGCCGUUCCAGAUCUACUACCACUGCAACCGCCACCACUGGGUGUUCGGGGUGCUGCUGUGCAACGUGGUCACGGUGGCCUUCUACGCCAACAUGUACUCCAGCAUCCUCACCAUGACCUUCAUCAGCGUGGAGCGCUUCCUGGGCGUCCUGUACCCGCUCAGCUCCAAGCGCUGGAGGCGCCGCCGUUACGCGGUGGCCGCGUGCGCCGGGACCUGGCUGCUGCUGCUGGCCGCGCUCUCUCCCCUGGCGCGCACGGACCUCACGUACCCGGUGCGCGCCCUGGGCAUCGUGACCUGCUUCGACGUCCUCAAGUGGUCGAUGCUCCCCAACCUGGCCAUGUGGGCGCUGUUCCUCUUCACCAUCUUCAUCCUCCUGUUCCUCAUCCCGUUCCUGGUCACCGUGGCCUGCUACACGGCCACCAUCCUGAAGCUGCUGCGCACGGACGAGGCGCACGGCCUGGGGCAGCGGAGGCGCGCGGUGGGCCUGGCCGCGGUGGUCCUGCUGGCCUUCGUCACCUGCUUCGCCCCCAACAACUUCGUGCUCCUGGCGCACAUCGUGGGGCGUCUCUUCUACGACAGGAGCUACUACCACAUCUACAAGCUCACGCUGUGUCUCAGCUGCCUCAACAACUGCCUGGACCCCUUCGUGUAUUACUUCGCGUCCCGGGAAUUCCAGCUGCGCCUCCGCGAGUACCUGGGAUGCGCCUGGGUGCCCUCAGACCCGCUGGACGCUCGCCCAGAGAGCUUCUUCUCCGCCAGGACCACGUCUGUGCGCUCCGAGGCCGGCGCGCGCACAGAGGGACCCGAGGGAGCCUCCAGGCCCAGCCUCAAGAGGCAGGAGAGCGAGUUCUGAGUCCUGGGGCGCAGCUUAGAGAGCCGGGGGAAGCAGCUUGGAGAGCCUGGGGCGCAGCCUGGAGGGCCGGGAACGCAGCUUAGGGGGCCGAGUGCGCAGCUUGGAGAGCCGGGGGAAGCAGCUUGGAGAGCCAGGGGCGCAGCUUGGAGAGCCAGGCACAUGGAGAGCCAGGGCGCAUGGAGACGCCACGGUCCUCGAGUUUCAGAGAGGGCAGGAGCAUCCUUCCCAGGCACCGCAGAGGCAUCGGUGGGGAACACGGAAGGGUCUCCAGGCUGCGUUCCUUCCAGGCAGUGCGGAGGCGCGCGGUGGGCCUGGCCGGGGUGGUCCUGCUGGCCUUCAUCGUCGCCUUCUUUGCCCUUAACAACUUCGUGCUACUGGCGGACG